ACCUACUACAUUGGCUCCCACGACGACAACGAACUUUGGAGUUCUGCCAACAACAACUCCCACAACUACGACAACUUCUACAACAACUACAACUACUCCUACAACGACAACUACUACAACCCCGACAACGACAACUACCACAACUCCUACGACAACUACCACUACAACUCCCACAACGACUACGACAACUACUACAACCACUACUACAACUACACCGACGACUACAACGACUACCACAACCACCACCACUCCACCAACCCGUGA